GGUCGUCGCGAGAGGGCAUCCGCAACGCAGUUGCUUUUGUCGGGGGUAUGGCAAAUGGUGAAUGUGAACUGGGCAAGGAAGUCUAGCCAGCGGGCUUGGCGUGGAGUGAUAUCUUUCUUGGAGAGGAUGGAGGAGUCUAGCCAGCGGGGGGGUGUUGUCAGUGCGGAUGGUGAAGUAUUGUCCGUCGAGGUACGGGCGCCAGACUGUGAGGGCGUGAAUCACGGCGAGGAGUUCCUUCUCGUUGGAGGGGUAAUUCAUCUCCGUGGGAAGGAGCUUCUUGCUUGCGAAGGCGAUGGGGUAUUCGCCAGGUGGAGCCUCGGGGUGGGUGGGCGAGUCCUUGAUGGAGGGGGUCUCGAUGGUGUCGCGGGGGAAAUGUUGGGACAUUACGGCUCCGAUGGCGAAGUCAGGGGCGUCAGAGGUGACAUAGAAAUGGCGAGUGGGGUCGGCGAUCUUGAGAACAGGGGUCGUGGUGAUGGUUUGCUUGAGCAAGUCGAAAGCGUGUUGGCGGCGAUCGUUCCAAUGGAAAGGCUCGUCCUUGCGGGUGAGUUCGUGGAGAGGGUAAGAGAUCUCGGAAAAGUUGCGAAUGAACGGGCGCUAAUAGUUGGUAAGGCCAAGGAAGGAACGGAGUUGGAGGAGGGUCUUGGGUGGGGGGUACUCGACGAGGGUUGUGACCUUCGAGGGGUCCAUACGGAUGCCUUCAGCGGAGACAAUAAGGCCGAGGUAUUCGACGCUCGAAGCGGCAAACGUACAUUUGCUGAGCUUGGCGUAGAAUUUUUGCUCGCCGAGGAUCGAGAGAACUUGGCGGAGGUGCUGAAGGUGGGACUCGAAGGUGGGGCUGAAGACAAGGAUGUCAUCAAGGUAGACGACGACACAGACUUCGAGGAGGUUGCGAAAGAUGUGGUUCAUGGUAGAUUGGAAGGUAGCGGGGGCAUUGGUGAGUCCGAACGGCAUCACGAGAAACUCGUAGUGCCCGAAAAGAGAGCGGAAGGCGGUCUUGUGGGUGUCCUCCUCGCGGAUACGGAACUGGUGGAAGCCACUGCGAAGCUCGAUCUUGGUAAAGUACUUAGCUCCACGGAGACGAUCAAGGAGCUCGGAAAUCCGAGGUAGGGGGUACUUGUUCUUGAUCGUGAUCCGGCUCAAGGCGCGGUAGUCUGUGCACAUGCGGAGUUCCGAAGUUCCACCUUU